AUGAGCGUCUUCUCAAAGAUAUUCAAGUACACGAGGGUGGUGCUGUACACCUUUUUCGGUCUCAUCUUCUUCACCAUCCUCCUCAUCCCCACAAUUAUAUACGCCUCCUACCUGCGCAUCUCCGGCCCCAAACAUGUCCCACUCCACUCCCACUUCUUCAUCCGCAUCGUCUAUCUCGCUGCCGCCAUGUUCCCCUACCAGUGGUAUCAGCCCGUCCUCGCUAUCCGCACCGCGCUCGUCCCCGGCGACCGGUCUAUGGUCGUCAAGCGCGACUCCUGGAGGGCCUACUGGGUCGGCACGCUCGAGACUAAGAAGAUACCUGCAGAGACCCGUGGAGGCGACCCUACCUGGAAAGUCUCGCUCAAGGGUGUGGAUAUUAUCAUGUUGUAUGCUCAUGGAGGUGGAUUCGUCUUUGGCGAUGCAGAGAUGUAUAACAACAUCUUUUGCUCCUGGGUUCAGCACUUCAAGACUGUCCAUAACAAGACUCUUCGCAUCCUUUCUGUCGAAUAUGACCUUGCGCCACAGAAAAAGUUCCCGUACCAGAGAGACCAGUACAUUUCCGCAUACCGCUUCCUGGUCCAGGAGAUCAAAUGGAACCCACGCAAGAUCAUCUUUGGCGGCGACAGUUCCGGUGGCAACAUCCUCCUCAACGCCUGCUACGUCCUUCGCGAGAACCAUCUUCCCCCACCUCGUGCCCUUCUCUGUAUCUCACCCUGGAUUCGUCUCGACGCCAAUGAACGCACCACCCCCUCGAUGGCUCAUAACCGCAAGACAGAUUUCAUGCCCCCACAGGUCUUUAAGAAGAUUGCGAGGAGCUAUGCAGGAGACUAUGAACUUCAUGACCCCCAUAUCUCGCCCUAUUAUGUCAAGGACCAUUCCAAGUUCCCGGAGAUGGCGAUUAUUUAUUCGGGAGCUGAGGUGUUGAGGGAUGAUUGUGCGCGGUUUGUGGAUCACUACCAGGCUACGGGUGGACGGGUCACGUACCACUACAUGGCGGAGGGGAUGCCUCAUGACUAUUCUCUGUUGAGAGAGCUAGGCGGUAAGACGGCCGUCAAGGAUGCCGAGCGCAGGAUGAUGGAGUGGGUCAACAUCUUGGUCGAGGAGAACAGGAUCUUGUUCGAUAACAGGAAGCGUGCCAAUGCUGCUGCCAAUUCCUCAGCGUCGAAUGUCAACCUCGCUGCUACUGGAAACAACAUGAACAGCUCAGCGCCUCGUUUGGAUCUGGAUUACGCUCAGACACCUCUGAUCUCGCACGCGACCCGGAUUAUUGCUGCCCAGCCCAUGAUGACCUCGCAUACCCGGAACGAGAGUGAGAACUCUCAGGGUGUGGUGGAGUUGAACGAAAUUGUGACGGAGAAGAACCCUUCGUCGUCUCAUUUGUCGAACAACAGUGGCCACAGUCGUUCUAGCGGUUCUUCGCCUAUUUUCCAUGGUGGAGAUAAGGAGGAGUACUUUGAUGCCGAGCGACAGGAUGAUUCGGACGAUGAGGGCGAUGAUGAUGACGUUGCCGUUGAGAUGCUAGUCGUCGACCACCACAACCACCACCACUAG